GCAAUGACUUUUUCAACAUUUGCUGAAAUUUUCAACAUUUGCUUUGUUGAUGUGAAAGCAUAUGAAAUUAUACAGAGAGAGAUAGAGAACGGACCUUUUCUUCCUUCAUAUUUUUGCUGAUGCGUUCAACCUUUGCUUUGGGUUAAUUUUUUGAAAAAAUUUGAAACAAAUUUACUCUCAUUUUUCUCUCUUUGCUCAGCCUUUUGCCCAAACCAAAAAUAGAGGAUCUCUCUUUGUUCAGCCUUUUGCCCAAACGAAAUAUGGAUGAUCUCUCUUUGUUCGGCUUUUUCGUCAAACCAGAAUCAAAAAUGGAGCGUCUCGUUUUGUUUCCGUCCGAAUCAAAUAUGGAGGAUCUCUCUUGCGAAAAUCUGUCUCGUCUAGUCAAAAUCCCAGAUCUCCUUUCUCGUUUGCUAGCUUUAAGGCUUGAUGGAGGAGAAAAAAAUGUUAGCUUUCAAUGGCUCGGCCCACACUUUCUAACUUUUCUCAAAUAUGUAAAAGAAUUAUUGCGAUGCUUCUAUCCAGACUGCUGCAGACCAUUUACCAUGCACAAUCCAUGUUGUCUGUUGAAGCGUCUCGAUGAUUCAGCCUUCGAUUGCAUCUUAUACGAGGAGAUCUUUUCUUAUCACGAUAAUGAACAUUACAAAAUCUUUUUACAAAUCGUUCUCACUUCCAUGCCAAAGCUUAACGAGUUUUUCACGAUUCAAACAUCCAUCACAAAUAAUUUCAAAGUAAAUAAAAAUUGGGAAAUCUUCACCGAGUUUCUUUUUGAAACUAUUCGAGAGUUGCUUAGUUGCCAUAAGGAUUCCACGGUUCUUGUGAGUAAUCAACUCGAAUUUCUUCAGAAGGGGUUGAAAUUUCUGCUCACCUUUAUUUUUUAUCCAAUUCCAAGCUAUGAUGAAGAACAGAAGAAGAGUAUAUUCACAGAAAUUGAAGCUGUAUUUAAUGAAGCAGGACUUUUCUUGCAUUCUUUCUUUUUCACCACAGAUCUUGUUACUACCCCCAAAAUGGAUCUUGCAAUUUUUGGUCUGUUAGAAAGGAUUGAGAUUGUGCUAGUGAAGAUUAAAUAUUACAGUAUUGCAGUGUCAAGUGAAGUUGGAAUUGGAAGCCUACAAGUUGCAGAUAGUCCAAGUGAAGUAUCAUCAUCCCAAGGUAACGGCAGUCCCAUGGUAGAAGAGAUCGUUGUGGGCUUAGAGGACACGACAACACAAAUUGUGAGCAAGCUUGUUGGAGGACCAAAGUACCGCCAGAUUAUUUCCAUCGUUGGAAUGGGUGGACUUGGCAAGACAACCUCAGCAAAGAAAAUAUACAAUGAUCCCAGUGUUCGGUACUAUUUUGAUAAGCUUUCUUGGUGCGCCGUUUCUCAAACUUAUAAUAAGAGAAAGCUGUUGAUUGACAUUUUGAGCUCCUCACGAGACCUUGACAAAGAAACUAUGUUAAAAAAGGAAGAUGAAGAGUUGGCCGAACUUCUUUACAAAAGUUUAAAGGGUAAAAGAUACCUCAUUGUUGUGGAUGAUCUAUGGGAGAAAGAAUCAUGGGAUGAUUUGAAAAGGUUAUUUCCAGAUGAUAGCAAUGGAAGCAGAGUAAUGAUUACCAGUCGGCUGAAAAAUGUGGCAUCGGAAAUUUCUCAUGUUAUCAUUGAACCUCCUCCCCUUUCACCAGAGGAAAGUUGGAAAUUAUUAGAGCAGAAGGUGUUCAAAAAAGAAUGUUGUCCUCAAGAGCUGCAAGAUAUUGGAAAGAAAAUUGCAGCAAAUUGUAAGGGAUUACCACUUUCAGUAGUUUUGAUAGCUGGAAUUCUUUCAAAUAUCCAGAAAAAAGAAAGCUUAUGGCAACAAGUUGCUAAAAGUUUAAGUUAUUACAUUUCCCAAAAAGCUGACGACUACAUUCCCACGUUGAAACUUAGCUACAUCCAUUUACCAGAUCACUUGAAGCCAUGUUUUCUCUAUCUUAGUGCAUUCCAGGAAGACGAGGAAAUUCCAGUUCGGAAGCUAUUAUUACUAUGGAUAGUCGAAGGAUUCAUAGAGAAAAGGGAGCAAAAGACCUUAGAAGAUGUAGCAGAGGAGUAUUUAAUGGAACUUGUUAACAGGAGCCUACUUCAAGUGUCCGAAAGAAGAUCUGACAAUGGAGUAAAAGUAUGUACUCUUCACGAUCUAGUUCUCGAUAUGUGCAGCAAAAUGGUUGGAGAAGAUGAAAAUUUUCUAUUUCAACAUCAAUUCUUGGUAUCUAAGCAUCGCCGUCUCCAUCACUUGUAUAUGGGUCAGUUUCAUCGCGUCUUGAUAUCUGAGAAUAUUUUCGAGGCCUUCUCCAUUGCUUAUAAUUUGGAAAAAAUUAGGAUCGUUGAUUCAAGCAAUGAUAAAAAUGUUCUACAGGGAAUCAAUUUUAUGCUUGACGUGAGGUACUUGAAAAUUUCUGAAUUAGAGCCAUCAAUAGGCAAACUCCAUAACCUUGAAUAUCUUUGUUUGCUUCAUAUAGAUGAAGUACCGACAUACCUUCUCAAUAUGCCUAAGUUGAGACAUUUAAGGGUCGGUGGCUGCUAUAAUGGUGCAAUAUUCACUAAGAACAGUGAUAGCUUCCGAAUAAAUUGCCUACAAACCCUUGGUUUCGUUGAGAUUGUCAAUUUGGAAGACGAAGAAAUCUUGAGAUGUUCACCUAAUCUUCGUAUGCUUAAAUGCUAUUCAAUCGACAAUUACUUUCCUGAUCUCAGCUUUUUUACUCAGCUUCAAACACUCACAAUUGCAGGAGAACUGUUAAGACGUGCUUACUCGAUGGUUAAAUUUCCUAUGAAUAUCAAAAAGCUUACUCUUAUUUCCUUUGGUUUUCCUUGGGAAGAGAUGUCAUUAAUUGGGACAUUGCCCAACCUCGAGAUUCUGAAAUUAGAAAGGAAUAGCUUUUCAGGAAAAAUUUGGGAUACGAAGGAUGAUGAGUUCCAAAAACUCAAAUUCCUUAAAUUAGAUUCGCUAGACCUUGAACAGUGGAAUUUGUCACACAAUCAUUUUCCUGUACUUGAACGAUUGGUGUUGGUAGAUUGCGAAUGUUUGGGGAAGAUUCCUUCUGAAUUUAGUAACAUUUCAACACUACAGAGGAUUGAGUUACUUUUUUGUGGUGAAGAUGUUGAAACUUCAGCUCUGGAAAUUCGUCAAGAACAACUGGAUUAUGGUAAUACAGAGUUUGAUGUGACCAACUAUAGCGAUUGGUUGUGAAGACAACUUCGUUCUACUGGUGUACACCGUGAUAUUCUAGGCAUUUUUUGCCAACCAGUUGCCUAAUAAAACGCCCAAAAACCAUGAGCUAUGGCCGCAGCCGAUUGCCCUUGAGAAAUGAAACAUCUAAAGUCCAAGCUCGGACCUGACCCGUGGACAAUGAGCAUGCAGUGACAAAUGAGAAUAUGGGGGAUAGGCUAUUCGAGACAGAGGUGCGGGUUGAACAAGCCAGGGCAAGAGAAGCCGAUACACAGAAUAGCUAGAUCACCUGGCUUGCUUCUACUCUUCUUGUUUAACUUCCUCAGUUUCGAUCUCUCCCUUUUCUUACUCAUUCUUGUUGUAAUAAAGGAGAAAUAGAUAGUUGUGAUUUCCUUUUUCUUUUGUGCAGCUAGAUAAGUUGGCAGGGAGAUUGGCAUAAGUUGAAAUGCUGAGUCAUAACAGGGAGAGACAGGAUUAGUUUAAUCUCUGCAUUCAAUACAACUUUUGUUUGGUUGGCAAUGGAGUUUAAUGAUUGUCGGGAUACAAAGUAUUAGUGGGAAAUAAUAAUUCAUAAUGAAUGGUACUUUUGAUAUUUUGCAAGA